AUGAAGUUCACUACUAAUUUCGGUUCUGGCACAAAGAAGUCUUCGGAUUUCCCAAAGGCGGUGGAAGCCUUUGACGCCAUUGAGCCCUCCAGCUUUGAUACAUCAAAACAAAGUCAAGCCGAACAUACCACGAUGUUCAACAAUUCUUCAUGUUUCUCGAAAUCCAAGAAACACUCUUCUCGCUCUUCUUUUUGUCCACAAACUUCUGGUGAUGUUUCAGCCAAAACAUCCACCAAAGGUGGACUUAAACAAAUGACUGACGCUGAGCUCAAGGAAACCCCAAGAGUAAAGGUCACAAAAAUUUCCGGUCUUUUCAAGAAGGCGAAGGCUAAGGUUUGUGUACAAGCUGAGGUCCACUCGACUUCUGGUACACAAAACCAUGGCUCACCAAAAGCUGGCGAUCACGCACCCACUUUUGCACCCAGGGAAACUAAGACUCUGCAAACGAAGCCAGAUGACACUGUUGCCCAGACUACUGCUACAAGUGGCUCUACUGGUGUUUGGGCUUGGUCCUGUCAAAUAUUCCAGGCCAAGAAAAUCCAAAAAGAUGAAGGAAAUAAAACCACAAAGACAGACGCAAAAACCUCUGACUCCAAGAUGGCGGACCUUGGGGCCGAGGGCAAAAGCAAUUUGUCUGGUGGUAUUAUUGAGUCUGAAGAUUUCCCUUCUACUCCCUCUCUUUACAAAAAUGGGAAAACCAAAAACAAAAAGGGCAAAAAGGUGAAAUCUACUGCUUCAGAGUCGCAAACAAUACGCGAGACUCCCCCAUCGGGAUCUCAGAAUUGGGUGCAAAAAAUGUGCGGUUUCGCACCCAAAAGUGGCCCUGAAACCAUGACUAAAAAAGACAAGAAACCAGAAGAGCCUCUUCCUAAAGUCUCGGAAACUUCUAAAUUUCCAGACGAGAAAAAGGGAAGUGGAUUUUUUGGAUCCCUGUUUUUAAGUCCGGUUUUUGGCCGUGAUGUCGCUGGGCCUCCAAAGUCCAAGCCUGGUAUCGUCUCAUUUUUCAAUAAGAAGAAGGCGGUUGAGGAGGAUUCUUGGGUAAUGUCUUCGGAUCAGUUGAAAUGGGCUGAGGUGUAUCCUAAAUCUGGUAAAGGAAAAAAAGGACCAGGGGGUCUAAACCAUACCGCGAAAGAUUAUGGAAGCCCCAAAGUCACUCCCAAUUCCGAGUCCAAGAAGCCAAGAAGACAGCUGGUACAGGCCAAGGCCACACGAGUCCUGAAAUCUUCGCCCACUGCUAAACCUAAGAUGGUGGGGUCCAAUCUUAAUGUUGAGCAAGCGAAAGCACAUGGAUUUAUCAAGCUCCCUUCCAAGGUCAAGAAAUCUUCUCGGAAAUCCAAGAAAAACUCUAAACGGUUGUUCCUAGUCUUGAGAGUGUUUCGGAAUUGCAGGAGAGUUUUUUCCCAACGGAUGACAGAGCGGGUG